GAAAUACAAAUUGUAAAUUGACUGGACGUGGUGUUUGCCCUGUCACAUGAAAAUGGUUUCAGAUGUGAUUCAUGAAAUCAUUUAUUGCGUGUCAUUGUGGUAUUGUUUCAGUACCCAAUACUUGGGAUGUGCAUAUUCUGCUCGAAAGAAAUUGUUUGAGAACCAAAUUUGUUGCGAUUGUAUUAUACCAUUUCCACCCUGGAGAUAUUGCAGGUCACAGUGAAUCGUGCUAGGAAUAGUUUAGACCAGUUAUUUAUCACUAAAUACUCACUUAGCCGUGAUAACGUCAGGCAGUGAUUUUAUCUCAGUAGCUCAGAAGUGACUUGUUCCGUUUGAACACAGGAAUGAUGUUACCGGUACAUACAGUAUGGAGUCCCACUGUAACAGUGGCAGGAUUGUGCCUCUUGGCUGGACCAAUAACAUAUGCUUUCAACAAUAUAUUACAGUCAUCUGAGUCUGCAGUAAUGUUGGUUGUAGCAGCUGUCAUAAUGUGUUCCAUUGUGAUUGUAAUGUACCUCAUCACCAGGAGUAAGAUCAAGAAUAAAAUGUACUAUUGGUUUGGAUUGUUUGCAUUUACAAGUGCUGUCGACAUAUUUGCUGCAUUGGAGGCUGAUGGGAUUAUUGCAGGAUUCAUGGCAGUAUAUCUGAAAUAUGGAGAACCAUAUUUAUUUUCUCCUUGGGGUUCCAUAGCAGCGUACUGGGAUGGAACAGUAUUUCUAAUAUCAUAUUUAAUAAUGGCAUAUUGUGCCAGCAAUGGAAUAAGUUACCGCAAUCUGGGCAUCCAUUACUCAGCAGGAAUUAUUAACAGUAUGAUAGUGCUUCUAUUAGGAGGAUGCCUUAGUGAAUCAGGAAUGACUUGGUGCACAAUGCUAAACAUACCAUAUGUUAUUGUACCUGUAGUCAUUGGUGUACAGUGUCUUUUGGAGGAAAGAAACUGGAAAAGUUCAAGGACUUCAACUCUUGUUGAUAAGCUUCUUGCAUUAUUUCUCUUUGGAGCAACUCUUGCAGGUCUUCUUAAAGGGCUGGCAUGUCUUGGAAGUCAGCAACAGUUACCAGUGUGGUAUAAGAGUAAUGUGGAGCCCAUUACCAUGCAGACAACUCCAGCACCAUUUGCUUGGAUUCAGGGCCUCAUCAUGAUAUUUUAUUUUGUACCAAGUUUCAUAAUUCUUGCAUUUGGUUUAGUAUUUUGUCCAAAUGCAGAAUGGAUGAUGGAUUUGUCACUUCUUGUUGCUGGAGCUACAUCACAGGCCGGCGCAGCACAAAUUGGAAUGUCACUUCAUCCGUCAACAUUAACAGAGCAUCAGAUGCCAAGCCUUAAGGAUCUCACAGCAUUUUCUUUAUUUUGGGCAACAAAUAUUCUCACAGCUGUUCUACCACAAAUUAUUGCUGUAUGGUUGUGUUACCUGGAAACUAAAAAACAUGACACAGUGAAGAGCAAUAGUCAGCUUAGUAGUUCAAAUGUUACAAACAGAAAAUCAGGUCAAAAGGGCAGAAAGCAUGACAUUCAUAGUACAGAGCCUGAAAGAAGGAAGCAUGACAAAGGAAUUAAGGAAAAGAAAAAUGCCAAUAUGAAAAAGAUCACUAAUACGGAAACUGAAAACAAGAAGAAAGCUUAAUGAAUCCUGUCCAAUGAAAUAUGAUAAAAUGUAUUGUUUCACUUUGCAGUAUAAAUAGUAUUUGAAUUAUGCCUAAAGAGCUAAAAACAAUAAUAAAAAUUUAUACUGAGAUUGCCAAUGAAUUUAUGUCAUCAGAAAACAUUUAUGUACGCAACAGACACUAUGAUUGCAAGAAUAUACGAUAAAACAACGAAA